AUGAAAAAGAAACACUACUUUAAAAAUAAAAAUUAUAUAAAAAAUAAAAGUUACCUUAGAAAAAAAAAAAAGUACUAUACUGAUCAAAAAUUUCUUCGUAAAUAUAAAAAAAGUAUAAAUAAAAACGAAAAGAAAGUUGAAAUAACUGAAAGCGAUCCAAUUAAAAAUUUCUUUUUUACACCUAUAAAAGAAGAAAAUAUAAGAAAAGAUGAAUCAGAAAAAAAGGAAAAGAAAUAUAAGGCAAUAUGUGAUUUAAACUCAGAAAAAAAUAAUAAUUUAAAUAAAAAAAAUGUUGAAAAAGAUAAUUCAGACGAAAAUUACAACAAUUCCCUUAACUUAAAAGAAAGUGAUAAACAUUGUACAUAUAAUAAUGAAAAACAAAAUGAAAAAAAAAAAAUUAUAAUUGGAAAUAUUAUGAAAACAAAAAAAAAAGGAUCUACCUAUAGCAAAGAAAUUAAUUAUAGCUUGAUAAAAAAAAGAGAAAAAGAAAUAUAUCUUAGAGAAAAAGAAGCUGCACUUUUGGAAAAUGAAAAGGAAAAAAGAAAAAAAAAAUUAAUAAGAAUUCAAAAGUUCAAAAAAUUAAAUAAAAAAACAAAAAAAGGACAGCCUGUUAUGAGUAAUAUAAUAAAGCAUUUAUUAGAAAAAAUUUAA